AGAUGAUUCAGCUCCUUCUGUUUUUCAGCACGAUGUCCUCCGUCUGGAUGUUUGUUGUUAAAAAGGCUCCGACUGUCUAUCAGGCAGAGGAGGAAGGCAACAUCACCAUCAGAUGGGACAGUCGGAUCCAAACUGACUUGUCUCGCGCCAACGUGAUGUGUGUUUCCCGCUCAGACGUCACUAAGACUCUGUAUAAAAUGAUCAGAGGAGUCGAGGACUCAGAGUCUCAGCAUGAGCAGUUUGCAGGACGGGUUCAGAUUGACGGAGACGCUCUGAGAGGAGGACCAAUCAGACUUCAUCUGUCCAGAGUCACAGCUGAAGACUCUGGAAACUACAGCUGUUAUCUGACUGCUGACUACGAUGACAGUCUGAAGAGAUGGCGACUCGAGACCUCUGAACAUUUUGCUUUGGAUGUGAGUCGAACCUCUGAUGGAGACAGCAGUGAUGUGUCACUCCAACCCCCCAGCUGGAGACCACCAACAGGUCUAAAACUGGCAGAAGGACGGACACACCGGGAGGAAAUUGGCUUGUAUGUUCUGACUGCAUUUUUAUUUGCUGCAAAUGCAGGAACUAUAGUACUCUCAAUAAAGUUUCUUUAUGACGGCUUAAAAAGAUCAGCAACAUACUGAAACGGGAGCGCUGUGACCCAGAAAUCAACCAGCUGAGACUAAUUCUGCUCUGAUUCACUGCUGAGCUUGGAAAAGAAAUUAUAUUAAAAUGAAAAUAACUAAAAAUCUUUUAGUGC